AUGGCGGAUCGCCCCGACACGUCGAUAUCCAUCCCACCUUUCGCGAAGCCCUUGGCACCAUAUCUCAAGAGCCGUCAGGAAGCAUUCCGGACCCGACAGAUUUUGACUCUAUACCUUCAAUCGCAGAUCAAAUUCGCAGAGGAUGGCUCGAGCGGUGGGAAUCAGCAGUCUCAGCCUCACAUCUCCUUGUGCAACCCGCAGAGUGUUGUGAGCGUGGAUUGCGUGCCUGCUGACUUCAGCGGACUGCGAAAGGAAUAUUUGGAAGCAUUGCGGGAGAAUGUUGCUGCGCGGAAGGAAUACAAUGCACUCGUGGACGAUGUCACUUCGCGGAAGCUCAUGAAGCAGACUAACGUCGCAGCUGAUGCUCGUCUGUCUAAGGAACCCUCCGCCGAACUACAAACCUACCUCGCUCUCCUCCGCGACCGACGACGAUUGAAGAAGCUGAAAGUUUUCGAGGACCAUCUAGCAAGGCUCGACGCACCGGACGCCUCAGACCUGGACCGUCUCUACAAGUCGGGAUACUCAUCGCGGGGAACAGACCAGCUGGACGGUCAGAUGGAAGGCGGCACGUCGGGCUCGAAAGAGAUGCGCGAGGGAUUGGGACAACUGGUCUACAAGCUGGAGAAAGCUGUCUUACGGGCGAAGUCCCAGCUGGAUCGGGAGAAGAAGCUGCUGCAGGAACUCCAGGCCAGCCGGGAGUCACUCGAAGCGCGAAGUGCCUCUGCUGGUGUCAAGGUUGCUGCUUUGCAGCGAAUCCGUGACGAGCUAGUCCAGUGGGUGGAAGCCAAGCUGGUUGCGUCCGGGGGAGAAGGCAAUGACUAUCUGCCGCAAUUCUCGCAGGAUGAAGUGGAUGAUAUGUCGAAGGCGAUUGAGGAGCGCAAGGAGCAGAUCAGAGACCAAUAUGCCAGCUACGUGGAAUCUCGACGGGCACUGCUUGACUCCAUCUCUGUCGCGUCGCAACCGCUGGCGAGUCCGCCAGCGAAGAGUCCGCUCAAAUCUACUACUGAGGGAAGUUCUACCGGAGAGGUAGUGGACAUGGAAGUGCUUGAUCUCUUACCCUACGCGAGCGAGGUGCUUUUGCCUCUGUCCAAAACGCAGAAGUCCCUUGCGCUGCAGAAGACGUAUCUGUCCGGAAUCCUGGCCAAGGAGAAGUCUACAGCGCGUCGUAUGCUGGACCGUCUCAGUGAUGAGAGUCAUUUGCUUCCGGAAUACCCACUGCUGGCUCGCCAGCCUCGUUACAAACAGGCCGUCACCGCCAUCAGUUCGCGAUCCGCCGCUGAGUCACCGGAGCUGGCCAAGCCAGACGAGAUACUGUCUCGCGCGCAAGCCUGGGCGUUUGCUUCUAGCGCUGCUCGCACGCACGAACGGGCGUAUGUGGAAGAGAAGACGGACGUGGGCAAGGAGAUGGCAGAGAGCGCAGAGCAGACGCUGCAGGAGGUCUAUGAGAUUAUCAACCAGGAGUACGAGGAGGAGCACGAUGCGGGAGCAACCCCGGACGAGGGAGAUAUCUGGGCAUCCGAAGUCCGGCCGACGAGGUCCCGAACUCGACAGGUCCGGACGGAGAAGCGCGCGCCAGGACGGGGUCCUUGGUCGGGGCUCAACGGGCGUGUUGGGGUUGUUGGAGACGUAUAG